CCCCUCCUUCUCUGAGCCUCCUCCCCCGAGCGUGCUCGCGCCCGCGCCCGCCGGCUCCCGCCGCUGCCCGCCGCCGCAGCCGCCGCCGCCAUCGCCGUCAUGAUCUGUCUGGUGCUAACCAUCUUCGCCAACAUCUUCCCCUCAGCUUGGACCGGCCUGAAUGAGCGGACCUUUCUGGCCAUCAAACCCGAUGGCUUCCAGCGACGCCUUGUGGGCGAGAUCAUCCGGCGCUUCGAGAAGAAAGGCUUCAAGCUGGUGGGGCUGAAGCUGGUGCAGGCCUCCGAGGACCUCCUGAGGGAGCACUACUCCGCGCUGCGGGACAGGCCCUUCUACAGCCGCCUGGUCAAGUACAUGAGCUCGGGGCCAGUGGUUGCCAUGGUGUGGCAGGGGCUGGACGUGGUGCGCUCCUCGCGGGCCCUCAUCGGAGCAACCAAUCCCGCCGACUCUUCGCCGGGCACCAUCCGAGGAGAUUUCUGUAUCGAAGUUGGCAAAAACGUCAUUCACGGCAGUGACUCAGUGGAGAGCGCCCGCCGCGAGAUCGCCCUCUGGUUCCGUGCAGAUGAACUACUCUGUUGGGAAGACAGUGCCGAUAGAUGGCUGUAUGAGUAGCUGGGCCUGCAUAGCUUCCUUGGGGUAUGACUGCGAAGAAAGCGGCUUUGCUUAUGCACCUGAACUUCCCUCCAGCUCCAUGAUCAAACCCUGAGUAAAAUGUUCUAUAGCAAAGUUUUCCCCAGGCUGGCCCCGGGUUGCUUUGCCUCUCAAAAGUACCAGUGGGUGAGGUGUGAGGAGAGCUUGGCUUUCUCCUGGCGAAAAUAAUUCCCCGGGGAGUGGGGAGAUACUUAUCCGUGAGCUGAACUCAGAAGAUUUGGGGUACCGAGGCCAGUGGAGGUGUGGUCGAAUUUGACUUCAUCUUAUGGUCCCUUGGGAGGUGGGGAAUAGAUGUUUUUGGCAAAAGUGAUCAUUGGGUAAAUACUCUCGUACACCUUGCUCUAGCAGGUCUUUGUUUACAAGUAAUGGGUCAUUUAGUGGGUGAGUAGGGCUAGAACAGACACAAGUGCAUGUGGAGAAUAGCACUAUUCCCUGUGACAGCCAUUCUUAGGGUAGCUGUAUGCAAGCUGCAAAUCACUGAACUGAACCUGUGAGGCUGCCGCAGCUCAGUGACCAUGGCUGUCUGUGGGUGGUUGGGGUGGACCAGAUGAACGGAGGGAAUCAUCUUCCCUUUGAGCUGCUGCCCCUCUUCUCUCUCUUCCCUUGGGCAGGAUUUUUACAGCACAAAGGAAAGCAACCGCUUUUUAAUAAUAAAUCUUGUAAACCCUU